ACAUUUCGAUCGAUCUCGUUCACCUCAACAAUAUGAGGUCGCAAAUCGUCUUCUGCCUUCUUGUGGGGCUUGUAUACGCAACAAACCCAGGAUGGAAGGACACCACCGAGUACGUUUACAAAGUACUAGGAAGAUCCCUGGCAAGCAUUGACGAGUCAUCCAACCAACAUUCUGGAAUCUUCUUGAGGGCUAACCUGAGGGUGCAACCAAGACCUGAUGGAAAAUUACAAGCCGUGAUCACAGAACCCCAAUACUGCCAGAUCCACUCACAGCUUCCUGAAGGAUGGAAAUCCCAGAUUUCAGAGUCUGAAUUGACCUGGAAGACUUUGGGACUCUCCUCGAAGCCUUUCCAGAUCGAGAUGAAAGAUGGAGUUAUUGUUGAUCUCGUGGUCAGCAAGGAUGUUCAGAACUGGGAAGCCAACUUCAUCAAGAGUAUUGUGAGCCAGUUCCAAAUGAACACCAAGGCCAAAAACCCAGUGAAAACCGAAGUCGGAUUCAACAGCCUUCCAACAGCUGAUGGUAACUCUGCAGUAUUCGCAACUAUGGAAGACACUGUCACUGGCAACACCAGGACCCUCUACGAAAUCAGGCCACUGGCUCCCCACGUUCUUCAAGACAAAUAUUCCACCCUUCGUUUUGCUCAGAGCCUGAGAGAAAAUGAACAAGUCAUCGAGGUUGUGAAGCACAAGAACUACAACGAAAGUGUAGAACUUCCCUCUUACUUCUACGGAUUCCGUGAAAUGGGCGAGCAAUUCAACGAAGAAAUGGUUAGCAACAAAAUGGGAAACUUCUUCGUAAGGGACAGUACCAGUUGGGCGAUUCUCACAGGUGAUUUGAACCGUUACACCAUCCAGCAUUCUUUGACUGUCAACAAAAUCUUCAUCAAGCCAACCCUCAGCGAGAAGCAGAUGGGAUCUGUUGUCAGCGUGAUGAAUGUUACUCUUGAAGAAGUCAGAUCACAGGACCAGAGAAUCCAAGAAGUUCUCGAGCCUGUGCACCUCGGCAACUUGGUUUACACGUACGAAAAAGUCAAUUCCCCCUCCAACAAAGUUUACGCAAAGAAGCAUUAUGAGGCACAACAACAAUGGGAAAUUGAUUCCUCUGAAGAAUACCAAAGGACGACAAACAUGGGAAGGGCACGCCGUUCCGCCGAAGAUAUUGAGCGUGACUUAGAGUUCUCCUCCCAUUCCGAGGAAAGCUACAAAGAAGCUCAACCCCAAAUGCACGAGGCACCCGCAAGUCCUCUUCUGCCUUUCACCACAGGAUUCGACGGCAUGUCCAUUAAACACACAGUGAACAUUGUCGAAGAAGUACAGAAAUUGGCUAGACAAAUUGGUGAUGACUUGGCAGACAAGAAGAAGAGUAACCACGAAGAAGCUUUGAGCCGAUUCACCACCCUGGCUUCCCUCAUCCGUCUGAUGGAUGCUGAAGAACUACAGAAAGCCGCCAGUGAUCUAUACAGUAACGCUGAAGAAGGUCCCAAACGUGCAACCUGGACCGCUUUCCGUGACUCAGUAGCUGAAUCAGGAACUGGACCAGCUUUCCUCACCAUCUUGAAGUGGAUCGAAUCUAGUAAAAUCCGUGACGAAGAAGCCAGCCAAGUUGUCUCUACCAUGAGCAAUGCCGUCCGUCAACCUACCAUCCAUUACAUGAGACAUUUCUUCGAGCUUAUCAAGAAACCCGAAGUUCAAAGAGAAUGGCCUCUGAAUGAUACCGCUCUAUUGGGAUACACCGAGCUCAUCAGAAGAGUUUACUCCGAUAAACUAAGCUCUAGAACACAAUACCCCGUGAAGAGCUUUGUUAACUUCAGGACUAAGGAAGGAAUCAAAUUCGUAAGAGAAGAAGUUAUCCCUUAUCUCACUGAAAAAUUGAACGAAGCCAUCUCCGAAACCAAUACCAACAAAAUCCACGCCUACAUCCGUGCUCUUGGCAACAUCGCUGAUCCCAAAAUAUUGUCAGCUUUCGAGCCCUACCUGGAAGGACACAAACAGGCAUCUCAAUUCCAGAGGUUGUUGAUGAUCUUAUCCCUUGACAAACUUGCUGAAUGCUAUCCUAAGGAAGCGCGUUCUGUUCUCUACAAGGUUUACCAGAACUCUGGUGAAUCUCAAGAAGUUAGAGUAGCUGCUGUAUACCAACUCAUGCGUACCUCACCACCAACUGAGAUGCUUCAAGUGAUGGCUUCAUACACCAACACAGAUGCCAAUGAUCACGUGAACGCAGCUGUUAAAUCCUCGAUUGAAUAUGCUUGCAAGUUGGAUUGGCCAUACCAGUCACUCCGUGACGCUGCCCAAGCUGCCAAGCCUCUGUUGACCAGGAAAGUAUUCGGUAUCCAUGAAGGAGCCAACUACCUUCGCAGCUACGUUAACGAAGAAUUGGAAAUAUCGUUCAAACAAACUGCUCAGCACAUUGGUAGUGAAGAUGGAAGUUACUUGAAAGGGUUCAGAUACUCCCUGCGCUCAGGAUUGAGUGGAUUGAAACGUAGAUUGGUCAAUGUUCAAGCCUACAUUUCUAGUGUCGAUGAACUUAUACAUGUCUUUGCUAAACAAACCGAACGAUACCAGGAGAAGGAACAACAGCAAAAGAUGCAUGCUGACGAACAACAACAACACCCAUGGUCUAGUCAAUACAUUGCUCAUUUACUCAACAUGAAGGCUACCGAACGUGAACAACUCGAAGGGUACUUGAACUUGGAAUUUGGAGCACCUUACAAGAUGUUCUCUUUCGACAACAUGACAAUUGAGCAGUUACCAGAAGUUAUCCGUAAAAUUGAGGAAGAACUUCAACAAGGCAAGAGGAUCAACUUCUUCAAAUUGGUCAAUGACAAAGAAAUGGCUCUUUCAUUCCCAACUGAAAUUGGAUUACCAUUCCUAUACACCUACGAUAGUCCCAUGCUCGUCAAGAUCCAAGGAAAGCUCAGUGCUCAAUCAUCUCCAAGCAUAUCCCAAAAAGGAAAGAUCUACAAACCAGACAAUGUUCAGAUUCAAGGAGACGUUGAAAUCACCGUCAGUUCAAAGACCCAGGGCCGUAUUUCAUUCACUGCUCCAUUCGAACACCAACAGUAUAUCGCUGGUUUCGACAAACAAUUCGAAGUACACUUCCCCCUACAUGCCAAGGCCGAAAUCGACCUCAAGAACGCUGAAAUGAAGAUGGAGUUCCAACCUGAGAAGGUCCAGAGAGAUACCCUCGUAUUACAUUACUCAACCAAACCAUACACUUCCAGAGCUGACCUGAAGAAUUUCGAGCCACUGAGUCGCCAAGCCAACACAAAAUAUAUCAAAUCCGAAACCUUGAACAGAUUCGAGAAGGUUUACGGACAGAAAAAAUUAGGAAUGGCCUUCCGUGUCAAAGCUGAACAUGAAAGAAGGUUCAUCGAUCGUGAGCUUCUGCAAAAAUUCCUGGGACAAGAAGGUAUCUACGGAGGAAUGAAGAGCUUAUGGGCUGAUGCUGAGAUCCAAUACGGACACUUCGAUGUACAUUUCAUGCCACAAAAAUCAUUCGCCCGCAACAUUGUUUUACGCAUUGGUGCCCAACAGAAAUACACCCCUCAACCCGAACAAGAAUCUUCUGGCAAAUGGAGGUUCGAUGAACGUUCCACCUCAGCUGAACGUCAACAAAGCCUUAUAAACAAGGUUUCUGAGGGUAUAAAGAACGUCAAGGCCCAAUCCGUCGAUGCUUCACUCGAAUUCCUAGGAGAGAAGAACGUGAAAUACUUCCUCACUGGAGCCUAUGGAAAGAGCAACGUUGAUCCCAAAUCUCGUGUGAUGAUUUUCUGGAAGAGAACAUCUGACGAUCAAGAAAUGAAACCCUACGAAGGCAAACUCAUUUCCAAGAGCUAUAUCCCAAACACCAAUGGCCUUGAUCUAGAAUACUCCCUGCACGAAGAACCAAUGGCAGAAACAGAGAUGGAAAUUGGCUUUGGACCAUCUGAUGAUUCCCUUCACAUGAUCGAACUCAAAUUCAAACACUACAGGAGCGAAGAACGCAAGCAAUACUUGAGGAAUCUGCCCUUGUACCAAGAAUGCCAACAGCAAAUGCGCAGAGGAAACAAGCAGUUACCUGCAUGCCUCAACAUGACUCUCCAAGCUAACCUUCUGGAUCGAGUUAGCAUGAAAGUCAAAUACGAGAACUUCAGGUCUCAAUGGAUCGAUGCUAUGAGAUCCGCAGAAUAUGGUUUCAUCUGGAACUACUUCCCAAGUAUUGAAAUCUUCGAACCACAGUCAUCUGUGGAACAGAAUGAAUUCUUAAUCCAAGGACACUUCCACCCAGAUCUGAAAUUCGUCAAUGUUUCUUUCGAAACCACCAAAAUAGGAUCCAAGAUCAGGGAUAUUCCUGUAUCAGAACUAGCUAAGCAAAUGUUUGUUAUCCAUCCAGUAUUCCACGCUACUGACCGCGUCAUGAGUGAAGUUUUUGGCGUGCAAACCUACAGACCUGCUUGCGUUGUUGAUCAAACUGAAGUGAACACCUUCAGCAACUGGUCCUACCCUAUCGAAAUCUCCAGGCACUGGACUCUUUUGCUUCAAUACAUCCCCAAAGAAGCCCGUCACCAAGAGAGAACCGUCGAAGAACAACUCAGAUCCCAGCUUGUCAACCAAGCUGUACUCAUCAGACAGAACCAAGAAUCAUCCCGUCACAGAGAUGUCAAGAUCACCCUGAGCGCUCCCCAGACCGAAUUCAAGGUAGUCGACAUCGAAAUGACCCCUAAUCAAAACCAAGGAUCUUCUGAACCCAAAGCUAGAGUCACCGUCAAUGGCAAACAAGUGAGGAUCAGCGACAAGGCCAGCCACGACGUCGCGAAAGGUUACAUCCAGAUCUACGCCCUUCCCAACGGAGAAGUCAAGGUUGAAAUCACCAACGGCUUCUACGUCAUCUACGAUGGAGAACGCGUCAGAGUAAACAUGGUCAACAGCCAAUACCGAGGAGCCGUCCGUGGUAUCUGCGGACAGUACAACGACCAGAAGAGCGAGGAAUUCCUUACCUCAGAGGACUGCUACGCCCGUGACUCCAGGAAGUUCGUCAAGAGUUUGGAACUGGAAGGCCAGGAAGGCCAGCAGUUCAGGAGAGAGUUUGCCGGAAGGAACCAACAUUGCGUUGAGAGGCGAGUCCCGUUGUUCGUCGACGUCAUCAGCGACGCUGAUGCCCAUCGUCAAGUAUCCUCAGACAGACAUCAGCAAGGCAAGUGCACCCACUUCAAGACCAGGUACGUCCAGGAGAACGGAAACAUCUGCUUCACCCUUCGUGCCCUUCCCGUGUGUAGCAGCAGCUGCCAUCCAAGAGGAUACGUGACACAGAACGUGCCGAUGCAUUGCAUCCAGAAGAGCAACGUUGCCCAGCUGUGGAAGGACCAGAUUGACAGGGGAGCGAGCCCGGACUUCAGCGGAAAGAAGGAACACAAGAGCAUCACCAUGACCGUUCCCCAGAGCUGUUCCCAAUGAGACAAUCGACGAUUGCGACCUGUAUUCGUAUUAGUUUUAAAUGCAAUUCGAAAAAUGUAAAAAAAUAUGUGAUGAAAUAAAGUCUUAACUGA